AUGUCUUCCCAAAUCUUUAAUUGUCUGGUCCACUCGGUUCAGACAGCAACAGAGUAUCUAGAAAAAUGCUUGUAUACUGUUCGCAUUGGUCACAACGAUUUCCUCAACGGCUACUUCCCUGCCACUGAGCUAAUAAGUAGGAUCUAUGACGAAGAUGAAUCUGCGGAUCGCUUGAUUCACCGAUUAUCUCGAGGCUUUCAUCUUAAUAUUUGGGCUCUCAUCGUUCUCGCGUUACCAAUUUGGGGUGCACCUCAAGUGCCAUGUUACUUUAGCUUUGGAGACUCAUUAGUUGAUAACGGCAAUAACAACAACCUAUCAACUUCGGCAAAAGUGAAUUAUCCACCUUAUGGGAUCGAUUUUCCUGAUGGCCCAACAGGCAGAUUCACCAAUGGCCGGACCAUUCUUGACAUCCUUGGUCAGCUCGUAGGAUUUGAGAACUAUAUUCCUCCAUUUGCAGCUGCAACAAGUCAGGACAUCAUAAAAGGUGUCAAUUACGGUUCAGGGGCAGCUGGAAUUCGCGAUGAGACUGGUAGACAAUUGGGUGAUCGCAUCAGCUUCAACAAACAAUUGCUAAAUCAUCAAAAAGUAGUUUCAAACAUUGCUUCUUUACUUGGAAGCCAGGCUGCAGCAAACGAGUACCUUGGGAGAUGUCUGUACACUGUUGUCAUUGGGAGCAAUGAUUACAUCAACAACUACUUAAUGCCACAGAUCUAUCCGACGAGCAAAUUAUAUACACCAGCUCAAUACGCAGAAGUCUUGGUUCAACAAUAUUCUCAGCAACUAAUGACUUUGUAUAACAAUGGAGCAAGAAAAAUAGCCCUAUUUGGAUUGGGUCCAAUUGGUUGUACACCAGCUGAGAUAAGCAUAUACCGGACCACUACAUGUGUGGAUUCAGUUAAUGCUGCAGUUCAACUAUUCAAUGAUAAGCUCAAAUUUCUUGUGGAUGACUUCAACAGACAACUCACAGAUGCAAAGUUCAUCUACAUAAAUAUCACUAGCAUUCAAUCGGGAGAUCCUGCAACCAUUGGGUUGCAAAUUCUCAACCAACCAUGCUGCAAAGUUUCAGAAACUGGUCUAUGCAAACCUGGAGUAAGGCCAUGCACCUUUAGAGCCAUAUACCUAUUCUGGGAUAGUUUCCAUCCUACAGAGACUGUCAAUGUGUUAACGGCAACAAGAGCAUAUAAUGGUCUAUUACCUACUGAUGCCUAUCCAAUGGACAUUCGUCAACUUAUAAUUUUCUUCCGUCUAUAUAAUGCUUCAAUUUACAUCUCGUCCGGAACUCCAGAUAGACUCCUGGGAAUCCGGAGAUUUUGUUUCAUCAUUUUCAACCCGCAAACAACUUUAGGUGCACAACAGAUCCCUUGUUUCUUUAGCUUUGGGGACUCAUUAGUUGAUAAUGGCAAUAACAAUAACCUUAAUACAACUUCCAAGGCCAAUUACCGGCCCUACGGAAUUGAUUUUCCUGAUGGGCCAACAGGCAGAUUCACAAAUGGAAGAACAAUCAUCGAUAUUGUUGGUAUCCUCCUUGGAUUCAAUGAUUUCAUUCCACCAUUUGCAACUGCAAGCGGUCAAGAAAUCAUCAAAGGCAUAAAUUAUGGUUCAGGAGGAGCUGGAAUUCGCGAUGAGACUGGUAAACAUAGGGGUGAUAACCUCAGCUUCAACAAGCAAAUGCUUAACCAUCGAACAACAAUUUCACGCAUUGCUUCCUUGAUUGGAAACGAGACCUCAGCAAGAAAGCACCUAAACAAAUGUCUGUACAGUGUUAUGAUCGGUAGUAAUGAUUACAUCAACAACUACUAUUUGCCACAAAAUUAUAACUCAAGUAGCAAAUAUACACCAGAUCAAUAUGCUGCAGCCUUGAUUCAACAAUAUUUGCAUCAACUAAUGACUUUGUAUAAUUAUGGAGCAAGAAAAUUGGUCCUAUUUGGAUUGGGUCCUCUUGGUUGCAUCCCAACUGAGAUAAGUAUGUUUCCCACACCAACAUGCGUUGACUCAAUUAAUGAUGCAGUUCAACUAUUUAAUGACAGACUUAAGCAACUUGUUGAAGACCUUAAUACGAAGCUCAGCCAGGCAAAGUUAAUUUACAUCAAUGUCUCUAGCAUUCAAUUUGGUGCUCCGGCAAGUAUUGUGCAUUUUGCUUCUUUCCAAUGA